CUCGCACGUUUCUACAAUCCUUUUACGUUCUAUACUGUAUUCAACAAACUCACCAUCCUUUCACAUCUUUCAUCAUGAAGUACUCAUACACUCUUCUUUCUCUCCUUUCCGCCACUGUCGUGGUCGCGGCGCCGGCUGCUUUCAAGCCCGGACCGGUCGUCACAUCAGACACAGCUGGUGUUGUCAUUCCCAACACCAACUUUGCACGCAGAGAUGCUGUAGCUGAUUUCAGCAAGAGGGCACUGGAGGCCCGCAAGUCCUUUGUGCUAGCUCGUGGUCAAGCCAAGCAAGCCCAAGCAGAAGCCGCCGCCGCCGAAGUUGAUGCAGCUGGAAACGCUGCGCAAGAAGAGGCUGCCCAGGGCGCCGCCCAGGAGAACGCUGGCCAGGCAAAAGCAAAGGGAAAGCAAGCUAAGGCCAACGCGAAGAACGAACAAGCCGCUGCUGCUGGAGGUGCUGCUGCUGCUGAAAAUGCUGCUAACCAGCAAGCCGCCGGAAACGCAAAGGGUGAGCAGGCUGCUGCCGCUGAAGGUGCUGCUGCCGCUGGAAACGCGACAGAGGUUGCCGAUGGUGCCGCCCAGGCGAAGAACCCCAAUGCUGUCCCCGCCGAGGUCCAACAGGGCGCUGCCGCCGCUGAACAAGCCCAGAAUGGACAGGCCAAGGAAGCGGCUGGCGCCGAACAGCAGCAGGCUGCCGGUGCUGAGAAAGAGAAGGCGAACGCUGCUCAGGAUGCCGCUCAACAGGAGCAGGCCGCCCAAGCUGAACAAGGCAACGCGAAGGCCGGUGACAAGCAAGCCGCCCAACAAGAAGCGGCUCAACAGGAGGCUGCUCAAGCUGAACAAGACAACGCCCAGGCUGGUGAUAAGCAAGCUGCCCAACAAGAAGCUGCUCAAGCCGACCAGAAGCAGGCCGCCCAACAGGAAGCUGCUCAGGCUGGUGACAAGCAAGCCGCUCAGCAGGAAGCCGCCCAACAAGAAGCUGCUCAAGCCGACCAGAAGCAAGCCGCCCAACAGGAGGCCGCUCAAGCCGAUGACAAGAAAGCUGCUCAGCAAGAAGCCGCCCAACAGGAAGCCGCCCAAGCUGGUGACAAGCAAGCCGCCCAACAGGAAGCUGCCCAGGCUGAACAAGAACAAGCACAGGCCGACCAGAAGCAAGCCGCUCAAGCUGAACAGGAUGCCGCCCAAGCUGAGCAGGAUAAGGCGAACGCUGGCGACAAGGAAGCCGCUCAGGCUGAGCAAGAGAAGGCCAAGGCCGAACAAGAGCAGGCCGCCCUCGAGCAAGAGCAAGCCGCAGCCGGCAACGGAACCGCCGUUGUUGACGAGAACGCCGCUGCUGCCGGCAACGAAACCGCCGUUGUCGACAACGGAGCUGCCGCAGCCAACGGAACCGCCGACGCUGGCCAGGGCAAAGGCAAAGGCAAAGGCAACGAGGCAAAGGGAAAGAAGGGCAAGAACGCCGGCAACGGUAAAGGCCAGAACGACCUUCUUGCUCAGAUCGAAGCCGCUCUCGGAGGACAGCUAGGUGCUGGUGCCGGUGCUGCUGCUGGAGGCGAAGCCCAGGGCGCAGAUGCCAUCUCGGGACUUCUCGGCAGCCUCCUCAACGGUAACGGUGCUGGUGCUGCUGGUGCUGGUGCUCAGGGCGCUGGUGGUGCUGCUGGCGAGGGAGCAAAGGUUGCCAGCGCGGCUGAUUUGCUCAAGAACGCGGGCAUUGGCAAGGCGAACCGUCGCAGCCUCAGAAACGCGUACCGCAAGAGGUCAAACACCCCCAUCGACAUCUAG